GCUACAUAUUGGCGAAGAUGCCGGCCGGCAAGGGCAAUUUUUCAUAUUAUGCAUUUAUCGGGCUGAUCAAAUGCCAAACCAACCGUUAUCCUUAUCGCUGUGCAGCUGUCAGCAUGGUGGAUUAUGAGGUAGGGUCCAUCGCGCAUCCGUCCAAUUCCCUUGAUGCAUGCGCGGUUGGCUGAGGUCUCUUCCACUUUGCUUAUUGUGGUUUCUUCCCACAUUUUCACACUCUUGAUUUUAUGUCGUAUACGCCAGAAGCGAGGUUUUGUUGAGGCAUCCGGCGACGAAGCGAAUGACCUGACGACGUCCACAAUCGCAACGAAGCGAGCCGGUCGAACAGCCCAACGAAAGCGACGCAGGAAAAAGGGGCCUACCAGAAGAGAGGGGAUACACAAUAAUUGGUCCUGGAACAUCACGACGAUUCGGUUAUAUAACAGUUUAAUCACAACUUUACGUUUUCUCAACACUUACCGUAUUUUCCGGGAAUAGAGACAACCAAAUCAGACACCAUGCCACCCAACAUCACCGCACUCAACACCACCCGCGCGCGAACCUACGUCUUCCGGCUGCCGCUGUUUACACGAGUAGUAAUAAUUGCGAUUGUUGGAUUCUGGCUGGCGGGGUUACAGAGCAUCGUUGAUAUUCAACAAUGGGGGGCGCUGAUACCGGACGAGAUGGGACUUGCUACUCUAUACCGCAUGAACACCUUUCCGUUUAUCCACCUCAACAUUUUCCACGCUGUGAUGAACAUACUCGCCUUGACACCUCUAAUGGAGAGGUUUGAGGCUGAGUACGGCACGCUGAACUGCCUGGCGUUAUUCUUUGGGCCAUUAACAACCAUCCCCGCGUUUCUGUACGUCGGUUUGGAGAAAUUCGUUUUCGGUAACAACGUUGCGGUCAUGGGAGCGAGCAUGUGGGUGUUUUUGCUGCUCGGGGUGGAGGCGGUCAAGACUUACAAGGUCAAUCCGAACUUUGUCAUUGGGACGUACAGUAUUCCUACUUGGACGACGCCGAUUGGGGUGCUGUUUGCGAUGGCGGUGUUGGUGCCGAGCUCGAGCUUUUGGGGACAUGCGGCUGGGUUGGCGGUUGGUUAUGGUGCUGGUUUGGGCUAUGUUAAGUUCCUUGCGCCACCAGAGAAGAUUCUGAGAUGGAUCGAGGGGAAGCUGAAUCUGCUGGGAAGACUGCCGCACUAUGUGAGCAUUGACCAGAAGACGUAUGGCAGGUUUGGAGUGCUGCCUUCGAAUAACACCCCUGCUGCUGCUUCACCAGGUGUUGCGUUGGGGUUGGUCGGGAGUACCCAGAGGUUAGGACCUUAG